AUGCCGCAGAAUGGCGCCAUGGGAACGGCCAAUGUGUGGUGGGAAGACUACCAGAGCGCCGCUCACGUGAGCCUCACAGGCGGGAUGUCAAUCAACCCGCUGUUUAUUUCAGCGGGACCCUUCCCCACCCCAGCCAACCUCCCCACACUGGGUUCACUGCAGAAGAAACACCGGGCCAGGGUCUUUCCUCCCAACAACAAUGUCGUCAACCGAGGCUUCGCGCAGUAUGACGUCUUCGGCACGGGUUCCCAUGACGCAACAGGAGAGCGCCAGACGAGCGUUCUGAUCGAAUGCAGUUGGAAGGACGUGACCUCUGUCCUCCAGCUGCCACCUUACAACUCUGACACUGUCAUGCACAUCCGAGCAGUUCCCGGGGACAUGAAGAGCGCCGCCUACAACAUCUACAGGGAACUGCAGACCCUGUCUGGUUUUGUGGAAGGACUGAAAACAGGAGAAGUCCUGUGGUGCCUGGAGGAAAAUGCUACUCCUCUCACUACUACUGUUAGUAACUUCAUACAAGAGUUCACCGAGCUGCAUGUCAAGAAGCCAGCCCUUCAGAAAGUACAGAAUGAGGCAGACAUCAACUCCCCGAUGCACUCCAUGCUGCUCCCACCAAGGAAGGACCUGGACUUCACCGAGGCACUCUGGGAAAAACUCUUGGGCUGCAGUGGUUACCAGGAGCUGGUGGAAUGUCUGCAGCUGGUCUGUACAGCUUUGCAGCAGGGGAAGAUUCAACCUAUGGUUCACCGUAGCAACCAGAGCGAGCUGGCGUGCUUGGUGCGAGAGUCGUUCAAGGGGGCAAUGCGCGCGCCGGACCUGGAUGGUUUGCUGCCUGUCCGUCUGCUGGCAGAGAUUGGGGUAGAGAAGAUGAAGAGGGACUAUACACACUUCUUCAUUGCUGAGGAGCUGACGACCUUGAGUCAGCUGUCAGCCUACCUGAAGACGGACGCAAGUCUGGAGGACAAUCUUGCCUUACUGCACAAACUUCACGUGAUCUUAGAGAUGGUUGCAGCCUGUAAGGCUUUCUUGGACCUUCCUCACGAGAACCUGAGGACUCUAUUAGGAAUGGCCCUCCAGCACUACGGCAACCAUUGUCAUGACGACGGCCACACCUUCCAGCUGCCCCUCAGUGCAGGUGCCUGCGUCAAGAGAGUCUAUGAAAGAAGCCAGGCUGCAGUGUGGAGGUUGGAGCAGACGUCAGGAGGGAAGGACGACCAGGUGACGUCAGUGUGUCAGAUCAGCACGCGGCCGCUGUACGAUCACGCUGUGUGUGAUGUGGGAGACAUGACCUUAGGUGACCCCAUGGCAGACACACAGCCUAACUUCCUAACCACAGUACAACAGAGCAGGGUCUCCUUCACCUGAACACCCCUGUAUGUGGAAUGGAACAGGCCCGUUUCAUGAAGUAGUUAAUGAUGUUGUUGGACCAUACUAUUAUCAAAAGGGGGUUCAUACUUUUAUAUACGAUAUAUAUAUGUCGAUACUUUUAUAUACGAUAUAUAUAUAUACGAUAUAUAUAUGUUCAUACUUUUAUAUACGAUAUAUAUCAACUUUCAUACAAUAACAAUAGUAGUAACAAAGAAAGGUUUCAAACUUGGAGUGUUAA